UAAUAUUAAAUUAAAUACAUUUACAAUUAGUAAUUAUUGGGUCGCCCAAAAUGAAGGUCUUUACGGUUAUUUUAUUUUGCGUCUUAGCCGCGGUACAGGGCCGUGUCGUAUCGUCCAACGAUGAAGAAACCAGUUUUGAUGUACCCUGGUUUGUUCACCUUCGUUUCUCACGCAUGUCGUUCAGAGGACGUCUGGACUCCUGUGUAGGAACUAUCUACAACAAAAGAUGGAUCAUUACUGCUGCUUCCUGCUUGUCUGAAUUGGCCAGUGACGGCGUUCCAACGGACUCACGUUUUAUAUGGGUCCGCUACGACGCCUCAAAUGUCUACAGACCUGGUUUCGUGACAGAAACCACAAAGGUUAAAAUCCACCCUGAGUACGAUCACAAAACUGGAGCCAAUGACAUUGGUCUUAUUGACAUUGACAGGGAUAUUGAAUUCACAGACAAGAUCCAGCCUAUUCCUUUGGCAGCCUCUGACGCUGAAGUGCCUGGAACUGGCCUGGUUUGCGGCUACGGCGAAAAAGAUGGAGAGGCCGGUGAAGAUCUUUACUGCGUGGUUGACACGGUUACUGAAGUUGACGGUCUACUAGUGGCACAGAGCUCUGCCAAUGCUACCAGGUACGACUUGGGAGGGGCUUUAGUGUCUGACGGCAAAGUACACGCUAUUCUUGUACGCAUCGCUGAUGAAACCUCAGCAGGAGCCUUCCUUUCUACUUCUAAGUACGUAGCCUGGAUUGAAGAGGAGACAGCUGAGAAGGAACCUGAACCUGAGGAAGAAAAGAUUUCCGUUGUUGAUGGAGACGACGUGCUUAUUGCAGAACCCAUUCUAACGUUUUAAAUUCAAUUAUAAACUAAUAAACAAAUAAAAUUAAGUGUCUAUACUGA